ACCCACCAUAAAUACGCAGCCAUGCAAGUUCUUCCUCCUCAGUAUCACUUGUCAUUUUCAUCGCAUAAAAACCUUAGCUUCAUCCCUAAACAAGCUCCACAUUCACUCCCUUUACAACUGUAAAAAUGGUCCCUUACAGAUGGAACUAAACACUUCUUUGUACUUUGCAUAUACCCAAAUAACCAUUUUUUGCUCAUUAGUGUUCCCAGUAGCCGCAUCCGCGACAAAAAGUUACACUAGAUAUUUACCGUUUACUACCCAUAAACUCUGAUCACUUCGUCCUCAAAUCAACCUAAGCACACCAUGAAUUCCUCCAUUUCUUUCCGCUAUAUGCCAAAUUUUACUGAUGGGUUUAGCACAAGAAACUUACACUUCCAUGAUCAUAGCUACAAGAAUAACGUAGUGUUUGUAAUGGGUGCAACAGGGACAGGCAAAUCAAGACUUUCAAUCGAUUUAGCAGAAUGUUUUAAUGGUGCAGUAAUUAAUUCUGAUAAGAUGCAGGUGUAUAAAGGGCUAGAUGUAGUCACAAAUAAGGUAACAGAACAAGAAUGUAAAGGUAUACCUCAUCAUCUUUUAGGGUUUAGAGAUCCAGAUCUUGAUUAUACUGCAACCCAUUUCGGAUUUGAUGCUAUAAAUGCAAUUGAAUCCAUCAUUCAACAGGAUAAGCUUCCGAUUAUAGCAGGUGGGUCCAAUUCUUUCAUUGAGUAUUUGGUGGAGUAUCACCCAUCUUUUUCGUCCUGGUACCAUUGUUGUUUUCUUUGGGUUGAUGUAAACCCAUCGAUUCUCGAACAGUUUGUGUCGAUUCGUGUUGAUCGAAUGAUCGAACAAGGGUUUGUGGAUGAGGUAAGAGGGAUUUUUUGCCCUGAUGCUGAUUAUAAACAGGGGGUUCGACGAGCGAUUGGUGUUCCUGAAAUGGAUAGUUUCUUGCGGGCUGAAAGGGAUUCGGAUUGUAACCCUAAAACAUUGGAAAUUCUGCUUCAGAUCGCCAUUGAUGAUGUGAAAAGGAAUACACGAACCCUAUCUCAUCGACAACGGAAUAAAAUUCGUCGAUUGAGAGAGUUAUGGAAUUGGAAUAUACAUCGGAUUGAUGCAACUGCUGCAUUUUCAAUGAAGAGAAUGGAUUCUCGUCAUGUUUGGGAAAAACAAGUUGUCAAUCGAAGUAAGACGAUUGUAGAUGAUUUUUGCAAUACAAAGUAUCCCAAAAACACCCAACAUCACUAUGACAAUACACACUUUACUCCAAAAUUCCUGGUUGAAGCCUAAGCCAACAGGAGUAUUUGACAAAAUAACUUGUUUAACAUUUUACCUUUAAUAGAGAAAAUUUGAAUCCGUUAAGCCAAAAAAAAAAAAUUAAUACAAUAAAUUAAGUUUCGAAAAAAUUCCAAAAGUAAGUGUGAAAAUCUCAAACCUGUAGUGUGGAUCUGUUCGCAGUUAGUAACUGCGAACAGACAAAUAAGACAAAAUAGAUGUUCGCAGUUAGUUACUGCGAACAACUAAUUUGUCUUAUUUGGCUAUUCGCAGUAUCUAACUGUGAACAUCUAUUUAAUAUUUUUUUUCCUUAAUUUUUGAGUUGUUAAUUGUUGUAUUUGCACUAUAGACUUUAGAAUAAGUAAUUACAAGACAAUGUAUGA